CUCCGGUCCUGUCUCCAGCGGGAGCGCGAGACGCUGGUCAGGCUCCGCGGCGCAGCUCGAAAAUGAAUAAUCGCCCCCGAUUGACUUAAAUUCCACCGAAGCCGGCUCCUCGGCCGCCCGCCGCUCGGGAUCUGCUCGCUGUUUUUUUGCUUUCUCCAUUCUUUCUUUUUUUUAAAAAAUAGCAAAACAAAACCAGCCAGCCAACCAAGAAUCCGGUUUGUUGAUAGCCUUAUUUUUUUUUUCACCGUUUGCGGGAUUUGCAAACCGAGUUACAUGCAUGUCCAGUGGGGGUAGGUUUAAUUUUGACGAUGGAGGGUCCUACUGUGGAGGCUGGGAGGACGGCAAGGCGCACGGCCAUGGCGUCUGCACCGGCCCCAAGGGCCAGGGCGAAUACACCGGUUCGUGGAGCCACGGCUUCGAGGUACUGGGCGUCUACACCUGGCCCAGCGGCAACACGUACCAGGGCACUUGGGCGCAGGGCAAGCGCCACGGCAUCGGCCUGGAGAGCAAGGGGAAGUGGGUGUACAAGGGCGAGUGGACGCACGGAUUUAAGGGGCGCUACGGGGUGCGGGAGUGCACGGGCAACGGGGCCAAGUACGAAGGGACCUGGAGCAACGGGCUGCAGGACGGCUACGGCACAGAGACCUACUCGGAUGGAGGGACCUACCAGGGCCAGUGGGUCGGAGGCAUGCGCCAAGGCUAUGGUGUGCGGCAGAGUGUCCCCUAUGGCAUGGCGGCUGUCAUCCGCUCGCCCCUGAGGACGUCCAUCAACUCUCUUCGGAGCGAGCACACCAACGGUGCCGCGCUGCACCCGGACGCCUCCCCGGCGGUGGCCGGCUCCCCGGCCGUGUCCCGAGGGGGCUUCGUGCUGGUGGCCCACAGUGACUCCGAGAUCCUCAAGAGCAAGAAGAAGGGGCUGUUCCGGCGCUCGCUGCUGAGCGGGCUGAAGCUGCGCAAGUCGGAGUCCAAGAGCAGCCUGGCCAGCCAGCGCAGCAAGCAGAGCUCGUUCCGCAGCGAGGCCGGCAUGAGCACGGUCAGCUCCACGGCCAGCGACAUCCACUCCACCAUCAGCCUGGGUGAGGGCGAGGCCGAGCUGUCGGUCAUCGAGGACGACAUCGACGCCACCACCACGGAGACCUACGUGGGCGAGUGGAAGAACGACAAGCGGGCGGGCUUCGGCGUGAGCCAGCGCUCCGACGGGCUCAAGUAUGAGGGCGAGUGGGCCAGCAACCGGCGGCACGGCUACGGCUGCAUGACCUUCCCCGAUGGCACCAAGGAGGAGGGCAAGUACAAGCAGAACAUCCUUGUGAGCGGCAAGCGCAAGAACCUCAUCCCGCUGCGCGCCAGCAAGAUCCGCGAGAAGGUGGAUCGGGCAGUGGAGGCGGCAGAGCGGGCCGCCACCAUUGCCAAGCAGAAGGCGGAGAUUGCGGCCUCCAGGACGUCCCACUCCCGGGCCAAGGCGGAGGCAGCCCUCACCGCAGCCCAGAAGGCCCAGGAGGAGGCACGGAUUGCCAGGAUCACUGCCAAAGAGUUCUCACCUUCCUUCCAGCACAGGGAAAACGGGCUCGAGUACCAGCGGCCGAAGCACCAGGUGUCCAGCGACGACAUCGAGGGGAUCUCCAUCGGGACGCCCAUGCAGCAGGAGAGCCCGGAGCUGUACCGCAAGGGCACCACCCCCUCGGACCUGACCCCCGAUGACAGCCCCCUGCAGAGCUUCCCUGCCAGCCCCUCAGCCACCCCACCACCGGCCCCCACCUCCAGGAACAAGGUCGCCCACUUCUCCAGGCAGGUAUCCGUGGACGAGGAGCGAGGCGGGGACAUCCAGAUGCUCCUGGAGGGCAGAGGAGGGGACUACAGCCGCAACAGCUGGGGUGAGGAAAAGGCAGGGGGCUCCAGGGGGGUCCGCAGUGGCACCCUCCGCAGUGGCCAGCCCGCGGAGGACUUCCGCACCCGGGGCUCGGGCCACAAGCAGCCCGGCAACCCCAAGCCCCGGGAGCGGCGGACGGAGUCGCCCCCUGCGUUCUCCUGGACUUCCCACCCUCGGGCCGGCAACCCCGGCUCGGGGGGCGCCAAGCUGCUGGAGCUGGAUGAGGAAAAGCUGAGCAACUACGAGAUGGAAAUGAAGCCCCUGCUGAGGGUGGACUCCCACGUGCAGGAAGCGCACCAUCAGAAGAGACGCUACAGCAGGGGGGCUGCCUGCCGGGGCCAGGGCGAGGACCGGGGCUUUGGGGUGCAGAGACUGAGAUCCAAGUCCCAGAACAAGGAGAACGCCCGGCCGGCCGCGAGCGCAGAGCCCGCGGUGCAGAGACUGGAGAGCUUGCGGCUGGGGGACAGGGCUGAGCACCGGCUGCUGCGCUGGGACCUGACCUUCUCCCCACCCCAGAAGUCCUCGCCCGUGGCACUGGAAUCGGACGAGGAGAACGGGGAUGAGCUCAAGUCCAGCACGGGCUCGGCUCCCAUCCUGGUAGCCAUGGUGAUCUUGCUCAACAUCGGAGUCGCCAUUUUGUUUAUUAACUUUUUCAUCUGAUGAGAUUGUCACAUUAGCAAAAAUACCAGUUGGUGUGCAAAAGGGGGACGUUAAAAGCAAAAC